UGAAUGAUGGGAUUGUAAUGGCUGCUUUCUUGUGCGUAAACACUGGCGUUGUGUUUACGAAAACCAAACUGUAAUUGUUUAUUAGGACGCGACAAGUCCUAUUUUAUAGACCGCAUUCCUAAUAGUUAGGCUAUUAAAAAUACAGAGUUUUUGAAAAAGCUUAUUGAAGUUAAAAUUUAAAGAAAAACGCGACGGUUUUCUGUGAUUCGUCUUUUCCCGUGACAGAAAACAGCUAGCAUUAGCCUGAUUAGCUGCUUGGACUAAGAUUAUGGAUGACGAGGAUGUGUCCAUGCAUAGGCUGGCAGGGGCUGAUCCAUCUGCUCAAGUUGGUGGUUUGAUAGUAAAGAAGAAGAGUGCUGCUUCAGAGACCCAUGUUUUCCGGGCACCCACACCACGCACAUCUUUGCUGGGUUUGGAUCUGCUGGCUGCUCAGAAAAGGAAGGAGCGUGAGAUUAAGGAACAGGAAGAUUCAAAUGGUGAUGACAAAAAUAGAAAGAAGUCAAAGAUUUCCUCGUACAAAGACUGGGAGGAAAGUAAAAGCGACUCUGGGUCUGAUGAAGAGGACAACGAUAAGGAAACAUGUUCAAAGAAAGAAAGGAAGUACCGCGUGACUGGUUCUGAGACGCCCUCCAACCCAGGGGGUGUCAGUGAAGAGUUCAAACGCAGAAACCAGCAGAGAGAGAAAGAUAGGCGUGAACAAGGAGUCUACGCCUCCUCCAAGGAGGACAAGACCAGAGAUGGAAAUAAGAGCAGAGAUCACCACAGUGAAAGAGAUGAGCGAGACAGUAGACACAAUCGAGGCAGCAGCAGCCGGUCCGAGCGCAGUGAGAGGAGUGAACGCUCGCAGAGAGAUGGCUGGUCUGACCGCAUCAGCAGGGGCAGUAGGAGAGAUGAACCUUCAACACCGCAGCAUCGUCCCAAAGACUCCUUUACACCUUCCCGCUCUAACUGGGAUGAAGAUGAUAGUGGUUAUGGCAGUACGAGGCAUUCUCAUUGGGAGUCUCCAUCUCCGGCUCCAUCUCACAAAGAGUCAGAGCGCUCAGAGAGAAGCCAUCGCUCUGGCGCAGAGAGUGAGAGGAGAGACAGGUCAGUCAGAGGUCGUUACUCUGAUGAUACACCCCUACCCACCCCAUCCUACAAGUACAACGAAUGGGCCAAUGAUAGAAAACAUUUAGGUUCAACACCUCGUUUAUCACAAGGAAAAGGUAGAAAAGAUGGUGGUGGGGGAGGAUUCAUGUUUGAUGAUGAAGGUGAGAAAGAACAGUGGGAGGAGGACCAGAAGCAAGCUGACAGAGAUUGGUACAUGAUGGAUGAAGGUUAUGACGAGUUCCACAACCCUUUCACUUCUACUUCUGAUGACUAUGUGAAGAAGAGAGAGCAGAUCCUUCAAAAGCAGACUCAGAAAAGAAUAUCUGCACAGAAGCGACAGAUCAACGAGGAUAAUGAGCGGUGGGAGACCAAUCGAAUGUUGACCAGUGGUGUGGUGCAGAGGUUGGAGGUGGAUGAAGACUUUGAAGAAGACAAUGCUGCCAAAGUUCACCUGCUAAUCCACAAUCUGGUUCCUCCUUUCCUGGAUGGAAGAAUAGUCUUCACUAAGCAACCUGAGCCCAUUAUCCCUGUGAAGGAUCCCACCUCUGACAUGGCCAUCAUCUCUCGAAAAGGCAGCCAGCUUGUUCGUAAACAUCGUGAGCAAAAAGAACGCAAGAAGGCACAGCACAAACACUGGGAACUGGCAGGCACCAAACUGGGUGAUAUUAUGGGAAUAAAGAAGACAGAAGAUGAAGAGCCAGGAGGCAAAGUGGUGGGCGAAGAUGGCAAAGUUGACUACAAAGCAGAUCAAAAAUUUGCCGAGCACAUGAAAGAGAAGAGUGAGGCCAGCAGUGAGUUUGCAAAGAAGAAGAGUCUUCUGGAGCAGAGACAGUACCUCCCCAUCUUUGCUGUCAGGCAGCAACUUCUCAACAUUAUAAGGGACAACAGCAUAGUCAUUGUUGUUGGGGAGACGGGUAGCGGUAAGACCACCCAGCUGACCCAGUAUCUACAUGAAGAUGGCUACACACGCUAUGGCAUGGUGGGUUGUACGCAGCCUCGAAGAGUGGCAGCGAUGAGUGUGGCAAAGAGAGUCAGCGAGGAGAUCGGUACCAACCUCGGAGAGGAGGUUGGGUAUGCAAUUCGUUUUGAAGACUGCACUUCUGAGAAAACGCUGAUAAAGUACAUGACGGAUGGAAUUCUGCUCAGGGAGUCUCUGCGGGAGUCAGAUCUGGACCACUACAGUGCUGUGAUUAUGGAUGAGGCUCACGAGCGCUCUCUUAAUACUGAUGUGCUGUUUGGGCUGCUGCGUGAGGUUGUAUCUCGACGCACUGACUUGAAGCUUAUUGUCACUUCUGCCACUAUGGACUCAGACAAAUUUGCUGGAUUUUUUGGCAAUGUACCCAUAUUCCACAUUCCAGGAAGAACGUUUCCAGUCGAUGUAUUGUUCAGCAAGACUCCUCAGGAGGACUACGUGGAGGCUGCAGUGAAGCAGGCCCUCCAGAUCCACCUCAGUGGGAUGAUGGGAGACAUCCUUAUCUUCAUGCCUGGACAGGAAGAUAUUGAGGUGACAUCAGAUCAGAUUGUGGAACGUUUGGAAGAUUUGGAAAAUGCUCCUCCUCUGGCUGUGCUUCCAAUUUACUCACAGCUUCCAUCUGACCUCCAAGCAAAAAUCUUCCAGAAGGCUCCAGACGGUGUGAGAAAAUGCAUUGUUGCUACAAACAUCGCUGAAACAUCUCUUACUGUGGAUGGAAUUAUGUUUGUUGUGGAUUCAGGAUAUUGCAAACUGAAGGUUUUCAAUCCUCGUAUAGGUAUGGAUGCUCUUCAGGUUUAUCCCAUCAGUCAAGCUAAUGCCAACCAGCGUUCAGGCCGAGCAGGGCGUACAGGUCCAGGACAGUGUUACAGACUUUACACGCAGAGUGCCUAUAAGAACGAGAUGCUGACCACCACCAUACCAGAGAUCCAAAGGACCAACCUGGCCAACGUAGUUCUACUCCUGAAGUCUCUGGGUGUUCAAGACUUGCUUCUCUUCCAUUUCAUGGAUCCACCACCUGAGGACAACAUGCUCAACUCAAUGUACCAACUCUGGAUUUUAGGAGCUCUGGACAACACAGGUGCUUUGACACCAACUGGGCGCCUGAUGGUGGAGUUUCCCCUCGACCCUGCCCUCUCAAAGAUGCUCAUAGUGUCCUGUGACAUGGGCUGCAGUGCAGACAUCCUCAUCAUCGUCUCUAUGUUGUCUGUGCCAGCUAUCUUCUACAGACCUAAGGGUCGUGAGGAGGAGAGUGACCAGGUGAGGGAGAAGUUCUCAGUCCCUGAGAGCGACCACCUCACUUACCUGAACGUCUACAUGCAGUGGAAGAACAACAACUACUCCAGCAUCUGGUGCAAUGACCACUUUAUCCACACCAAAGCCAUGCGCAAGGUGCGUGAAGUGCGAUCCCAGUUAAAGGACAUCAUGGUGCAGCAGAAGAUGAACCUUGUUUCCUGCGGCUCGGACUGGGACAUCAUCAGAAAGUGCAUCUGUGCUGCUUACUUCCAUCAGGCAGCCAAGCUGAAGGGCAUUGGAGAGUAUGUGAAUGUGAGAACAGGCAUGCCAUGUCACCUCCAUCCUACAAGCUCCCUGUUUGGUAUGGGCUACACCCCCGACUACAUCAUUUACCACGAGCUCGUCAUGACCACGAAGGAGUACAUGCAGUGUGUUACUGCUGUGGAUGGAGAGUGGCUGGCAGAACUUGGGCCCAUGUUCUAUAGCAUCAAACACGCAGGGAAAAGCAGACAGGAGAACCGACGGCGGGCCAAGGAGGAGAUCAGCAACAUGGAGCAGGAAAUGGUCCUGGCUGAGGAGCAGAUUCGAGCGCGACGAGACGAGCAGGAGAAGAAGAACAAUGCCAACAGUGUCAGAGCCGUAAAAAUCUGCACCCCAGGAAGAAGAGAGGAGGCCCCCAUGACACCCAGACGCACCCCGGCCCGUUUUGGGCUCUAAAAAACCACCCGGCAAGUUGAAUUCUUGGACGUGGCAUCAGAAGAGUUCAACCUGCAGCUGCCGGUCGCUGCAGUUCACGUGCACGCCACUAGAGUGAGAGCUUGUAUAAGGCACAGCAGUCGGAGCAGGUCCUUGGAAACGCCUCUCUCCACCUUCGACAGCCACCGGCUGCUCCAUGGUCCAUUUCUAGGAAGACAGAACCAUCGGUUGUGUUGU